CGCCAUGCUGGGGACCCUCUGCCUUCUCGUCUGCGCGCUGACUUAUGGCCACGCGGCCAAGGUGCUGACCCAGACGCCGCCGUCCCUGACGGUUCCCGUGGGACGAGAGGUUGUUCUCAACUGCAACAUUCAGACAGCUGAAAACUAUUACGUCUUCUUUUUUAGACAGAUUGACGGAGAAGCUCCUGAGUUUAUUCUGCGUUAUUACCAUUCGCACUCAAAACCUAAUGCCUUUGGAUCAGGAUUCUCCUCAAGUCGUUUCGACGCCAAAGCGUCCUCCCCUGUAGAUUACCAGUUCGUCAUUAAACAGGCAGAAGCAGGAGACUCUGCUGAGUAUUAUUGUCUCACGUGGGACAACUCUACUCAGGAAAACGUAUCGCAACGAAUCACUGUGGUAUUCGGAGGAGGCACCAAGCUGCUUGUGACAAGCCCUGACGCGGCUCCCCCCACGGUGACCCUCUUCCCCCCGGCCGGCGCCGAGCUCCAGUCAAAAGAGGCCACCCUGGUCUGCGUGGCCACUCAGUCGUCUCCGUACCCGGACGUCACCUGGCUGGCCGGCGGGCUUCCGGCGAGAGGCGCCGCCGCCACCGCCGGUGCCGCCGUGCGACAAGCGGACGGCGCCUACAAAAUCAGCAGCUAUCUGACCGUGCAGACGUCGGACUGGAACGCGGACACCUCUUACACGUGUAAAGUGUCUUUGGGGUCCAGGUUUGCCGAAAAGACCAUCAACAAGUCCAAGUGUGCCGCUUAGAUGGGCGGCGUUCAGGUUUUGUCCCCGACGGGCCACAGCGAGCGUGGCUUUGCCUGCUUCUUUCUGCUUUGAGUGGUUUGCAAUACUUCAAU